AUGCGCCCGAUCGAACUGGUGGGUGCUGCUGCAGGUGAGGCUGGCGCAAUGGUGUUUCCACCUAGUAUUUUUGUGUUUGCAGCCGUCCAGUACUUGGUAGGGGCAGCGAAAGGAGUCUCAGAAAAGUACGAUGCGAUCGUGGAAGUUCUGGAGGCGUUGAAGGACGUACAGUCCGCCUUAAGACUUAUGCACACCAUUUAA